AAAUACGGUGAUUAACUUAUAUUUAGCAGAAUUUUAAAAUCAAAAUGACAUCGGGGCCGUACAAUUACUCAUACAUUUUUAAAUAUAUCAUUAUUGGUGACAUGGGAGUUGGAAAAUCAUGUUUAUUACAUCAAUUCACAGAAAAAAAAUUUAUGGCAGACUGUCCCCAUACAAUUGGUGUGGAAUUUGGCACUAGAAUCAUUGAAGUCGCUGGUCAAAAAAUUAAGCUUCAAAUUUGGGACACGGCGGGACAGGAAAGGUUCAGAGCAGUGACACGUUCUUACUACAGAGGUGCUGCUGGUGCGCUAAUGGUUUAUGACAUUACAAGAAGAUCUACAUACAACCAUUUAAGUAGUUGGCUCACAGACACACGUAACUUGACAAACCCAAGCACUGUGAUAUUCUUAAUUGGAAAUAAGUCUGAUCUAGAUGGUCAAAGAGAUGUUACAUAUGAAGAAGCCAAACAGUUUGCAGAUGAAAAUGGUCUUAUGUUUGUUGAAGCCAGUGCUAAAACAGGUCAAAAUGUAGAAGAAGCAUUUUUGGAGACAGCAAAGAAAAUUUAUCAGAGCAUUCAGGACGGGCGGCUGGAUUUGAACGCGGCGGAGUCCGGCGUGCAGCACAAGCCCGCGGCGCCCGGCCGCCCGCUCGCCGCGCCACCUGCGAACCGCGACAACUGCGCCUGCUAACCUCACCUCACCUCACGACACCUCACACCACCUCACACCACCACACUCUACUACACACCAUUACAUAUUCUUAUACUUAAAUGUUCUUACUAUUCUCCAUCACUUUAUUUUUGACAUGUUAUUCAUAUGUAAAGUUUUUACUAAAAUUGGUAUUAUAUUAAAAAAAAUAAAGAGUAGGUAAUAAAUACAUAAAGAUAUGCCUAAGUAUAGAAUACUUCAACAAUCAAAAAUCUCAAACUUAAUUCUACUCUUUCUGUAUUGUACAUUCCACUUAAAUAUAUUUAAUGAUUCGAAAUAUUUUUCCUUUAUAAAAAACGCGUGCAUUUGUCAAUGUGCAUGGAUUAAACUCGCAAGAAAUAACAAAAUCUUAACGAUUCUUUUUAUACUAGCUGUUGGCCGUGUCUUCGACCGCGUCGUAUUUAAUAUUUCUUCUUUUCGCAAAAUCUAAAAAAUUGCAGAUGUCGCAACAAAUCCAUUGCACCAAUAAGUUUGCCCGUUUCUGCAAUCGGUCAGUGAGCCCGCGCGACCACAGGCGACUUGUGAGUGUUGUGUGAAACCGUUAUAUCAGUUCUAAAACUAGGUUCUAAAUCCUGCAUACAUUAGCUAUUUACCAUUAAAAGUCCUGUCAAAGUCGCUUCAUGUCGUCUAUUAUGCAGAAAAAACGCGGAUUUAAACAUAUUAAAAUUAAAUAUGGAAAUUAUUUUUCCUUUUCGUCACUUAACUUUGGUUUCUGAAACAUUUUUUGUUAAAGAUAAUGAGAGGGAUGACGAUAUGUUUUAUACAAGUAUUUUGGUCUCAUAAACCAACAAUCGAUAGUAUAUUCCGACGUAGCGUUUCUUCGCGCACAAUAAUAGUACACUUAUAACUUGCAACUCCAUAGAUGAUUCCCCUCUUACCUUACAACCAUUUAAUUCUACAUGUCCGCACAUAUAAUUGCUUCCACUCCAAACAAUUAACCAUAUGCAAACUGUACUUUGCGUCAAAAACCGAAACAUCCAAUAUUUUUGGUAAAAUUUUGGUUUCUCGCAUGACUGUAGCAUUAGCUAUUGUUACCCUUAAUAUAAAAUUACUUAAUUUUAUCUUACAAUUUUCACAAAAUAAAUAUGUCGUAAUGGUCGUCGUGUAUGGAAUUCAGCGUUUCCCGUUUACUUUAUUUCGGUUUGGGAUCGAAACGAAGAAUAUACUAUGUGUCUACAAACACUUUUAUUCAGACUCAUGUUGGCAGUUUUUUUAAAGCGUUUUAUUCGCUGGUUGUUUAUUUUUUCGUGUUGAAUAUUAGGUAUAUGUAACUUUUAAAUUGUUAUUUUUUAUUUAAUUCAUGUGAGUUUAAUACGUACGUAUUGACUAUUGGUAAAUUAAAAAAAAUCCUUCAUUAAUAUCAAUACAAUUUAUUGAACUCAUACUUCUAAUUAUAUUUUUAUGUCCGUAAUAUCACGAAUAUUUUUUUAAUAAAUGUAAUGCGUUACAUUUAAAAUUAAUUAUUCUAAAAAAGUGGUUUAGCAUAUAGCACCUGCUUUUUGAUGUUAUUACUUUCAAUUAUUUCAUAAUUUUAAAGAAAUUAAGGUUAACAAAGAAACAGGUAUUUUAAGAUUUUAGAUAAUACAAUAUAGGAUUAACGUGCUCCUUCUUAAUGUACUGUUACAAUCGUUGUAUUACUACAUUUAGUUAAAAGGUUCGAACGCACUUAUAUUUUGUUGGGUUAUCAUUAGAUCUCUUGUAUUAUGCCGCAAUUACGUCAAAACUUUUUAAUAUGAAGUAUAAACGCAUCGUUUGCGUUAAUUACGGCGAGAUAUAGGUAAAUCUGGCUUUCCUCUCGUACAGCUAUAAGUUGGGAGCAAAAAAAUUAUUUUUAUAGUAACAUCGAGCAGUUUCUAAAUCAAUCUUAUAUUAGGCCGUGAAAGUAAUCGUAGUAAUUAAAGA